AUGACUUUGUUGAACAAUUUUAAAUUUUAUGCUUAUCACUCAGAUAUGUCUAUUGCUGGGUCGGUUCAUCUUGAAAAAACAAAUAAAAGUACAGGUCCAACUAUUAUUUUUGAAGACGAAAAUAUUCAAUCAUUUGAGGGUUUAGAUUUUAGAAUUAAGCUAAUGACUAUUCCUGGUUAUAGAAAUUCUGCACGCUUAUUGAUUUUAAGUCUUGAGAAUGAUGAAAAAGAUAUUCCAGUUCCUGAUGGAAUUCGAGUAGUUGAUGUUACAGAUUUCACCAAUCCUCGAGAUCUUUCUACAUUUCCGGGAACGAAUGUUUUUUUGAUUGAACAUCUUUACAAAUAUCAAAUAUUUUAUAAUCAUCAAAGCAUUUAUCAAAUUUAUUCUAAAAAGAAAUUUACUAUUCAUAAUGAUCGUAAAAUAUUAAAUUAA